AUGUUGGAGAGGCUCGACAAAACAGCGUUGCCUGAGAAAACAAAGGCAAUUUAUCGAAAAAUGUUAAUUAACUAUGAAGCUGUUCCUGCAGAAAUCGACGAGCUGCUAGCGAGCAGCAAACACUGUAACAAGCAAGUCACAUUGCCUCCGCUAGCAGCAAUCGGUCCCGCUGCAGACAACAACAGUCAAUACACCAGUAGUAAUCAUGCCGAAUUUUUGCAGUCGCUGGAGUAUUUUACGGCGGCAAGUGAUUACAUGACCAAUUUCCACGCAUGGUGA